CGCCCUGCCACGCCACUCCGAGAUUGACCAGCCUCGCUACACCACUCGUUCAUCCAUGGUAGUAUACGCCAGGCUGGUCACGAGCCUACAUUCCUUCGGAGUCGCAACAACGGCAGUUCUUCAAGCUCUUUGCAACAAAUAUUGCUGUACGAUUCCUCGCGAUUAUUACAUGGAAAUACGCCAUCCUUUUGCAUUCCUAAGUAGUUCAAUUGGAUUGAGAUUCCUUGGGUAUUAUCAAUCUAAUAACUUUUCUUUCAAAAGUGGCGUACACGAUGUCCUGUAUGAUCUACAUUACCACUGUCUCUGCAACCUUCCACUUUCAGUUCUCGUCACUGUCGAUGUUUCAGGGUUCAGGACUAGCUGUCGUUCAUCUGCAAUGUUGCAACGAUACGUCCUCAUUGACAAUGUUUUAUUUACUAUGGCUUUUCCUUGAGCUUGAUCAGUCACAAGGCCAUUGUUGUAUGCAGUCGGUGCCUUGCACAGGCACUCAUCUGGACUACAAAGUACAAACACUGCCCUUGCAGUCGGAUUUUUUGUGUUGCUCUGCAAGUUACGUAGCAACAUCAAAAAUACAGCGCGAGAGGCGACAAGCACGCGCUUGGGUUACGUCGAGAGCCUCUCAAGACUUUGAAGGUCGCAAGCAGGCUAUCGAAUCCAUCGCUACGUUUCAGAUGGUCAGAGAAUAGCGACCGGGUUUUGGUAUACGACAAUGCCUAUAUGCAGGUUGCAGGCACCGUUCUCGCAUCUGCAUCGGGAGACCAUACUAUUCGCUUGCGGCAGUUGCACACGGGGACGGAAGUUGCAAAGCGCAAGUGCUUGAAUGGGGUGCGUUAUGUUGCAUUCAAGUUCUCGG